AGAUGAUUAGCAUUGAUGAGAUGGAUGAUCCAAUUUGAGAAACAAUGUUUUAAUACGACAAGUAAAGUACUGAAAUGGACAAAUUGCUGUUAUGGCAGCCACCCACAGACAUCCAUUAUUAACAACACAUCAACACACCAUGCAUUUCCACUUCACCCUCGCCGACAAAGAGCCGUGUCUCAGCCUCUCUCCGUCGCCUUCGUCAGUCUCCCCAUGGCCACCACUGCUCCGACCGGUUCUCCACUGUCACAACCAUCUCUUACUCACCCACCACCACCACGGAAGCUAACAACCGUUAAAGCACUAUCUGAAUCGCCCGGACUUUCUUCCAUCCCUUCCAUUUACACUUCCCAAAACAAACACCACGAACCAGUUUCAGACACGAAAGAACCAAUCCCCACCAUCGAUUUCUCCCUCCUCACCUCUAGUCAUCCCGGUCAAAGGUCUAAAACCAUCCGAGAACUCGGAAAAGCCUGCCGGAACUGGGGCUUCUUCAUGGUGACCAACCAUGGGGUGCCAGAGAGGAUGAUGAAGGCAAUCAUCGAGGUUUGCCGGGAAUUUUUCGAGCUACCGGAGGAAGAGAAGCGAGGAAUUGGUGGGAAACAUGUGUUGGAUCCGAUUAGAUUCGGAACCAGUUUCAAUGAAUCAGUGGAUGAAAUUUUGUGUUGGAGAGAUUAUGUGAAGAUAUUUCAGCACCCUGAGUUUCACUCACAAAAGCCUCCUUCCUUCAGAGAAAUUGCAUUGGAAUACAGCAAAAGAGUCCGGCUAGUAGCCAGAGAAAUAAUAAGAGGAAUAUCUGAAAGUCUGGGGCUAGAAAAGGACUACAUUGAUGAAACCCUAAACCUUGAGAAUGGCCUGCAACUGAUUGCAGCGAACUUGUAUCCGCCAUGUCCACGGCCGGAGCUGGCAAUGGGGUUGCCUCCACAUUCGGACCAUGGUCUUUUGACCCUCUUAAUCCAAAACCAAAUAGGGGGACUUCAAGUACAACACAAAGGCAAAUGGGUGAAUAUAGACCCUAUCCCCAAUUCAUUUCUUGCCAACAUUGGCGACCAUAUUGAGAUUUUGAGCAACGGAAAGUACAAAAGUGUCCUCCAUCGAGCUGUGGUGAACAACAGAGAUGUAAGGAUAUCCAUAGCAGUGCCCCACGGACCAGCAUUGGAUGCCAUUGUUAGCCCAGCUUCAAAGUUGGUGGAAAAUUUGGGGAAUCCACCAGCAUAUGGAGCUAUGAAAUAUAAGGAAUAUUUGGAGCUUCAACAAGGUACCAUGCUCAAUGGGAAAUCUUGCUUGGAACGUAUACGAAACGGAGAUUGAGUUGAUUUAAUUUAAGUGGUUGACUUCAUUUUAUGAGGAACCAACCGCAAAAACUGUAUUUCAUUUCACCACUUCUAGACUCCAAUGUCCAUAGGAAGAUGAGCUACUAUAACGUUUAAUAAUCACCAAGUUUCCUCCUUUUCAACCA